AUGUCCGCUAUGCCCGCUCCCGAUCUGCCAACCCUUCGCUGGGGAAUUAUUGCAACGGGACUGAUCUCUUCAUGGUUUGUCAAAGACUUGGUUCUCGAUCGGCCCGAUGCAAAGGCACGGCAUAUUAUCAAAGCCAUCGGUUCUUCGUCUCGGGAGAAGGGACAGGUCUUCGCGCAACAAUAUUGUCCCCAAGAACCACCCUCCAUUUACGGCAGCUAUCAGGAAGUCUAUGCCGACCCUUCUGUUGAUAUAGUCUACAUCGGGACACCACACGCCUUCCACGUACGCAAUUGUCUCGAUGCCAUCGCCCACGGAAAACAUGUGUUAUGCGAGAAAGCUUUCACUCUCAAUGCGUCCCAGGCACGCGAAGUUUUUGCCGCUGCGAAAGAUCGAGAUGUCUUUGUCAUGGAGGCCAUGUGGACGCGCUUCUUCCCACUUAUGCGCGAUCUGCAGGUGAAGAUCCACGAGGAGAAUGUCAUCGGUCGCGUCCAGCGUGUAUUUUGUGACUUUUCUCUGGACAUGGAUAUUGAUUCUCUGCCAGAUGAUUCCAGGCUGAAGAACCCAGAUCUUGGCGCCGGGUCGUUGCUUGAUAUAGGAAUAUACUCCCUGACCUGGGGUCUUCUGGCGGCGGACCCAAAUAUCGCGAGUAAAGCGCAGAUGCCAAGCAUACUUGCGUCGCAAAAACUGGCCAACGGCGCUGAUGUUGCGACCUCGGCUAUUCUUAGCUACCCCAAUGGGGUUCAGUCCAUUGUUACAUCUUCCUUGUCUUUCGCAACAGCUCCCCAGUUUUGUCGCAUAGAAGGAACAGAAGGUUUCAUUAUUCUCGAAGGACCUGGUACUUCAGUCCCAGAGAAAUUCACAGUUCACUCAAAAGCUCGGGAUGGGGAUGCCACAGCUGAGGCCAGAACUUUCAUUUUCGAUAAGCCCGGCAUGGGCUUUUACUGGGAAGCGGAUGCGGUCGCAAUUGAUAUUUCGGAAGGUCGCACUGAGAAUGAGAUUAUGCCUUGGGGAGAGACUAUACGGGUCCUAGAAAUUUUGGACGAGGUCAGGCGUCAAGGGGGAGCUAGGUAUUCAUGUGACUAG